AACGUAUGUGAAACGUGAAUUUAUGGACAUGUUCGCUUUACGAAAUUAUGUUAUUUUAUUAUUUUGACGGGUACACGUGAAAUAUUCUGUUCUUUCUUCUAAAAUCUCAAACAUUUCCUUUAAUUUUCCAUUUCAUGAAGAAUCUCACCUCGAAGAAUAGAAUAGAAUAGAAUUCGAAAAAUAUCCCUAUAUGGCUCAGUAUUAUUACUAUUAUUAAAUUUAUUUUAAUUUUUUUAGUCCGCCUCAAAGCUACUAACAACUCCGGAAGUUGAUAGCGGUAGUCUGCGGUUGCUGAGCAACAGUGUUGGCGUCCAGCAGACUUGUACUUAAGUGAUAUAUUUCCAGGCAGGUCACUGCUAACGUUAAUCCCCCUUACUGCAGGUAAUAAACGGGUCCAGUCAUCAGAAGCACUGGAAAAUGAGCUGGCAACAGGAUGAACCCAAAGUAAUGGAUGAGGAGAUGCUACAACAAGCAAUUGUUGAACAGGGACCUCAAGGGCAAGCUGGAAAAAUAGCCAAGAAAGAGGGCAUCAAGUAUGAGGAGGUGCUUCAGCUGCGACUGGACUUCCGGAACAUCCUGAAGAUUUACCACCUGUGGCAUUUCACCUCUCUAACAAAACUUCAGCUGGAUAAUAACGUUAUUGAGAGGAUUGAAGGGUUAGAAAACCUCACUAAUCUGGUCUGGCUGGAUCUGUCAUUCAAUAAUAUUGAAGUGAUUGAAGGACUGGACUCUCUUGUGAAUCUUCAGGACUUGAGUUUGUUCAACAACCGCAUUUCUGUCAUUGAAAAACUGGAUACGCUGCAGAAUCUGCACGUCCUCUCUAUUGGAAACAACACCAUUGAUCAACUGGAUAAUGUGAUAUACCUCAGAAAGUUUAAGAAAUUACUCACUCUCAACCUCGCGGGAAAUCCCAUCUGUGAUGAAGAGAGCUAUAAGAUAUUUGUGACGGCAUAUCUUCCAGACUUGGUUUAUCUCGACUACAGACUCUUGGAUGAACAAACGCGCGAAGCUGCCUUUGCAAAGUAUCAGUAUGCUGUUGAAGAAAUGCAACACAAUGAGCUCCAGGAGCAGCAGGCAAUAGAGGCUCAGAAGAUCAGCAACGAGGAGCUUCAACUGCACAAGGACGCAUUCGUGGAGUUCUUGAAUGGACCUCAGCUUUUCAACAGCAUGUUUGCUGAUGAUCCUGAUGCAGAGAAACUGGCUCUCCUCCCUGGAAUGGAAGCAUUGCUGGAGAUAUUUAAGAGCAAAAUGGAAGCUCUGUGUGUGCAGAUAUUUAAUGCUGGUUUGACUCAGCGUACUCGGAGAACGGCUGAGGUGGAAUCCUUUUUUACCUGUUCCCGUGAGGCGGUGGCUGACAAUCAGCACAAAGCUGCACAAAUCGCAGCUGACUUUGAAAACACCAGGAGGCAGAAGAUUGUGGAAAUGCAAGAGAUCGCAGACGCCGAGCUACUUGAAGCUCACAUCACUUCCUGCCAUGAGCAGGCCGACCAGCUCUCUGAAACCCUCAUGAGUCUUGAACUGCAGCUUGUGGACCAACUGGAGGACAUCUUCAAAGACUUUGAGAGGAACAUCUCAGACAUGGUUGGAGGGUUCAUUGAAUAUGUGCAAGGGAUAUAUCCUUUAUCCAACAAAACAAAACAAAAAUGCUUUUUAAGAGUUUUAAGGGUGAGGUUUCUUUAACUCUGAUGCACAUUCGCACUGUGUCGAGACCUGGAGAACCAGCACCAUGAACAACAGCUUGAAAUUGCCUUGGCAACACUGGAGAAGGUGGUCAAAAAUGAGCUAGAGGAGGAAAUACCAGAUGAUGUUGCAAUGCUCUUGGUGGAUAAAGACACAGUGACCAAUGCAGUCAGUGCUUCUCAUGACACCCACAUGCAGAAGAUUGAUAACAGGGAGGAUGAGCUACUGACACGAAUCAACAGCUGGAUGAGCGGCCUGCUGAAAUCGAUACACAAUGACGAGGUGAAGAGGAAUCGCAAGCGCAUCUCGGAGAUCCAAAACUACAUUCGUUUUGUAAAGGAUGAGCUAAAUGAAAUGGCAUUGUCUGAGCACAGUUAAAAUGUUUAAUUAAAACUGUCAGAUCCAGAAAAUAUUGUAAACAAAUGUUGUUGUUAGAUGUUGA